AUGGCUCCUCUCGUAACAGUAGCUACUUGUUCCCUCAACCAGUGGGUGCUGGAUUUCGAAGGAAAUACCACUCGCAUCAUCGAGAGUAUCCGCAUCGCAAAAGCCGCAGGGGCUAAGCUUCGCGUAGGGCCUGAACUUGAAAUAACUGGCUACUCGUGCCAAGACCAUUUUUUGGAAGGGGAUCUCUAUUUGCAUGUGUGGCAAUGCAUUGCGACCAUCGUCGACCAUCCCGAUUGUCAAGAUAUUCUCAUUGAUAUUGGUGCUCCUUCUGACGCGUAUAAGGUGCGGCAUCGCAAUAUUCGCUACAAUGCGAGAAUACAUAUAUUGAAUCGGAAGAUACUUCUGAUCAAACCGAAGAUGUGGCUCGCCGGAGAUGCCAAUUAUUACGAAUACAGAUGGUUUACUCCCUGGGCAAAACCGAGACAUGUAGAGGAGUAUCAUCUUGAAAGAAUUGUGGGCAACAUUACUGGCCAGGCAACUGUGCCAAUUGGUGACGCGGUCAUAAGUACCUAUGACUCAACCAUUGGGAUAGAAGCAUGUGAGGAGCUCUUCACCCCAAGUAAUCCAGGUAUUCAUAUGGGACUCAAUGGGGUAGAAAUCUUUACGAACUCAAGUGGAAGCCACCAUGAACUCAGAAAACUGAAACAACGGAUCGAACUUAUCCGUCACUGUACCAGAGGCGGUGGUAUCUAUUUGUACGCAAAUCAGAGAGGAGAAGAUGGAAAUGGACGUCUCUAUUUUGACGGCUCAGCAGGUAUCUUCGUCAACGGGCGUGUGGUUGGAAUGAGCUCUCAGUUCUCGCUGAAAGAUGUGGAUGUCGUGACGGCAGUUGUUGACCUCGAAGAAGUUCGCAGCUUUCGUACGUCAGUUAGCCGAAGCGUCCAGGCCAGUCAAGCACCCGUCUACCAGCGAAUCGAGGCCCAAAUCUCUUUGUCGAAGAAGUCGGACGCGUUUAACCCAAGUAUCAAACCCUCUCCUGACAUCGAAUUGAAUUUCCAUACUCCGGAGGAAGAAAUUGCCUUGGGCCCUGCAUGCUGGCUUUGGGAUUAUCUGAGGCGCAGUAGGCAAUCUGGUUUCUUCCUUCCGCUAUCUGGAGGGCUAGACAGUGCAUCGGUUGCUGUAAUUACGUUUUCGAUGUGUCGUCUGGUAGUUGCUGCGUGCCAUCACGGAAAUGAAGAUGUAAUUACGGAUAUGCGUAGGGUCGUUGGAGAACCACCUGAUUCAAAAUGGCUGCCAGAAACCCCCCAAGAUCUCUGUGGCAGAAUCCUUCAUACAUGCUAUAUGGGCACCACGAAUUCAAGCAAAGAAACAAGAUAUAGGGCGAAAGAACUAGCCAGGUGUAUUGGGAGCUAUCACAUUGACCUUGACAUAGACUCUGUCGUCUCAGCAAUAUCGAACUUAUUCAGUUUUGUUACUAAUUUUACCCCCCGUUUCUCUGUCCACGGCGGUACACAAUCCGAAAAUCUCGCCCUUCAGAACAUUCAAGCGCGUUCCCGACUUGUUGUUGGUUACAUGUUUGCUCAACUUCUUCCCCUUGUGCGACAGAGACCAGGAGGAGGCUCUCUUCUAGUUCUUGCAUCCGAAUAUGACUGUUCGAGUGCCGAUCUGAAUCCAAUUGGGUCGAUUGAUAAACGCGACUUAAUCGACUUCCUACUGUGGGCGAAAGUAAACUUUGAUUUACCUAUCAUCGAAAGCUUUGUGCAUGCCAUUCCAACUGCAGAAUUGGAACCUAUAACUGAGAGUUACACCCAAUCCGACGAGGACCAAAUGGGGAUGACUUAUACGGAGCUCUCCGUAUUUGGUCGUUUGCGCAAAAUAAGCAAAUGUGGGCCGUUUGGAAUGUAUGAGAAGCUUCUACAUAUGUGGCCUGAGCAGCAUACACCUCGCGAGAUCUACGAGAAAGUCCGCAGGUUUUUCUAUUAUUAUGCUGUGAAUCGCCAUAAGCAGGUCAUCCUUACGCCAAGCUAUCACGCCGAGAGCUAUAGUUGUGAUGAUAACCGACACGAUCAACGACCGAUUCUGUAUCCUGCCUCGUUUUCCUUCCAAAAUAAAAAGAUCGAAGAGCAUGUGAAGGAGUUGGAGAGUCAGGCCAGAGCGUCCGCUGUCGAAGGAAAUUAG